CCUGGAGUGAAUUCGUCGGCGUGUGAUCACUGUAAAGGAGUGAUUCUUCCGAGCAUUUCGAUUAAAAAACAAAAAACAAAAAACAAAAAACAAAAAACAAAAAACAAAAAACCCUUUUUGUGUCCUCCCAGUGUACAUACAUACUGACGUACGAACGCAUGUACGUGCCCAUCCGUGCACGGAGAAUUCGCCGCGCUGAGCACACGGGAGUGAGGCUUGUCCGUUCGCCCCUCCACCUAGUAUCGCCAAGUUCCACGCGAAAGAGUAAAUAAAAAAAUAUAUCGUUAUCUCUCCAAACCUGUACAACACAAAACAACCUCACAAAAUGGGAAAAUACAAUUUAAUAUUCAAAAAGAACUGGUUUGCAAGGAGCAUUUUUGGGACCGUCGGCGUUAUCGUUGUUCUGGAUCAGCUAGCUAAAUAUCAGUACAACAUCCCGGAGAUUAGAGAUCCCAACCUAACCAUGUGGCCGUGGUGGCUUGAAAAAGUCGCCGCGAAGAGGCUAGAGAUGGACCAAGGUGACUACGCAACGGAUAAGGCGGGAAAAAACGCAUAACGAAGGGGCUACACGAAAUAAUACAAGAUGGUUGUCUGAGGAACUCAGCAGGUGGUUCCCAAUUGGGGGGGUCCAUUUGGUGUCUACUUAUUUGUUUUUUUUUUAUAAUUAUAUUUAUUUUUAUAUUUAUUUAUUUUUUUUUUUCCAUGCACUGAUCGCUGCGCACGGAAGAUUCGCCUCCGCGGCGACAACGUCCUUUCAAAGCGUUCACGUGUAGAGUAAUCCUGUCGGUGGGCGCACGCGCGGAAGACGGACACACAUAGGAGUGUGUGCCCCCCGCUAACCGAAGUGCGAAGGCAAGAACUUGCGGGCGCGCAUAAUGUUGGGGUUAUAAUCAACCGGGGAGUCGCGUAUCCGCAGGACAUAGCUGGGCAUUUGGAACUUGAACUUCUUGAUGUCAUCCCGUGAAACGUAUUUUAUUUUCAUUUUUUCAUUGCACUUUUUAAUGGACAAAUUUUUUUUACUCGCAUUUCGACCUGACUGUAACCUCUCCCAUCCAAAUCUGGUUAAGCGAAAUCGUAACGCAACUUUGGAGUGGUUUUUAUAUUUUAAUUUUUUUUUUCUUAAUUGGGAUACUCUGUGUCUGAAUCGAAUCAAAGUCCAGUUGAUAUUUUCCCUCGGAUUGUAAAAUCGCUUCGUCUGCUUGAUUGCGUCUAUUUGUGUGCAGGCCAUGUUGCUCAUU